CUGCGUACGUUUUGACGUCUACCGUUCCCGGAAGUCGAUCGUUCACUCCCGUGGUCCAGAGUAAAAAAAGGUAGCGCAAACAAGUAUACCGUAUUUCUGUAUUUGCAACAUCACAAAUGUCAGUGGGGACCCGUUUAGAGAACGCAAAUCCCUUGAUUUUUCAACGAACAGGCGAGAGACUUCAGACCACAAAGGACGAGGACGAAGAUGUUGCUGAUCCCAUCGACGACAGAGAAAUAUUUGAUCUCAUCAGAUCCAUUAAUGAUCCUGAACACCCACUGUCCCUCGAGGAAUUGAAUGUCGUGGAACAAGUGCGAGUGCGCGUAGAUGACCAAGAGAACACUGUGGGUGUGGAGUUCACCCCCACUAUACCCCACUGCAGCAUGGCAACCCUCAUAGGCCUGUCCAUCAAAGUCAAGCUGCUGCGAUCCCUACCAGAAAGGUUUAAGAUUGAUGUGCACAUCACUCCUGGGACGCAUACCUCAGAAGAUGCAGUCAACAAACAGCUGGCAGACAAAGAGAGAGUGGCCGCUGCACUCGAGAACUCCCAGCUUCUGGAGGUGGUCAACCAGUGUCUGAUAUCCAAUGCAAGGACAAGCUGACCGUCCUGAUGGAUCAAUAGAAAGUUCUCCUUAGUCCAGGAAUAGGCUUAAUGUUUCUCUCCUGACAUAUUAACUGGACUGGAUCUGUUUAUGUUGAGUAAAUGGCAAAUGUAUCUCCUAUGCUGCCAUUGUAUUUUCAUCUAACAGAAAUCCCUUGUAUCAUGUUUGAGUCUGUGUUGUAGGCAGAAAUACUAAACACACACUAGUUAUAUCUUCACUAGAUCUUCAGUUUUGCACUAUAAUAAACAAGUAUUGUAUCCUUUAUUAUACAAGUAAAGCAAUAAAACACAAGGUUAUAUCUUAUUUAAUUGAAAGUAUACCUGAUAUUAAUGGCAUUUGCAAAGAGAACAGAGAAAAUGUUUCUCAAAUCAAAUGACUGGGGAUGCCUUAUUCAUCAGAUGCCUUAUUUUAUAUUUGUCCAAAAUAGUAUAAAAUAUAUGAAAUAGCA